GGGGAAGGUCACCGCCCUCCCCUUGUCUUCCAGAUGAGGAAGCUGAGGCUCUGCGGGGGAAGGUGACCGAGCCACAUCCGCGGAGCCGGCUGUCCAGGCUGUGCGUGGGGCGGGACCCAGGUGUGUGCGCAGUGCUGGUCGUCGACGUCGCCGCCGCGGGGCCCAUGCCGUGAGGCCGGCCUCCAGCAUGCCGUGGGACGCGCGGCCCGGGGCCGGAGCGGACGGUGGGCCCGAGGGUGCGGGCGCUGCGCGCUCGCGGGCGCAGAAGCAGUGCCGCAAGUCGUCGUUCGCCUUCUACCAGGCCGUGCGCGACCUGCUGCCCGUGUGGCUGCUGGAGGACAUGCGUGCCAGCGAGGCCUUCCACUGGGACGAGCGCGGCCGCGCGACCGCCUACUCGCCCUCCGAGGCGCUGCUCUACGCGCUGGUGCACGACCACCAGGCCUACGCGCACCACCUGCUGGCCACGUUCCCGCGGCGCGCGCUGGCCCCACCCAGCGCCGGCUUCCGCUGCUGCGCCGCGCCCGGGCCGCACGUGGCGCUGGCCGUGCGCUACAACCGCGUGGGCAUCCUGCGCCGCAUCCUGCGCACCGUGCGCGACUUCCCGGCCGAGGAGCGCGCGCGCCUGCUGGACCGGCGCGGCUGCAGCCGCGUGGAGGGCGGCGGCACGUCGGUGCACGUGGCCUGCGAGCUGGCGCGCCCCGAGUGCCUCUUCCUGCUGCUGGGCCACGGCGCCUCGCCUGGCCUGCGCGAUGGGGGCGGCCUCACGCCCCUCGAGCUGCUGCUGCGCCAGCUGGGCCGCGACGCGGGGACGGCAGCCGCUGCCUCCCCCGGGGUCCCGGCGGCAGGAGCGUCCUCGGCGGUGUCCGGGGAGCCGCGGCAGCGUCGCCUGCUGCUGCUGGACCUGCUGGCGCUGUACACGCCCGCGGGCGCAGCGGGCCCGGCCCGCCGCGAGCUGCUGGGUGACAGGCCGCGCUGGCAGCGGCUGCUCGGUGAGGACAAGUUCCAGUGGCUGGCGGGCCUGGCGCCGCCCUCGCUCUUCGCGCGUGCCAUGCAGGUGCUGGUCACGGCCAUCUCCCCGGGCCGCUUCCCCGAGGCCCUCGAUGAACUGCCACUUCCACCCUUCUUGCAGCCCCUGGACCUCACGGGCAAGGGGUAGAACAGGGAUCCCCAUGUGCCCGAUUGGGGACAAAACUAUUUUCAAGGCUUUGUAUCCGGCACUUUACAUAUAUCGAUGUCUGAUACA